GUUUUUCUAUUUACUUACAUGUAGUACUUGCAUCGGCGAAAAAUAAAAGCAGGAAAGGAAGGGGAAGCCAAGUCACGUUACGACACUCAUCAACCCGGCCUUCCGUCGUCACGACCGACGGAGAUCUCAUCAACGCUUCUCUUAACUUCCCUUCAAUCGAUUAUUAGGGUUUUGGUUUUCUCGAAGAUAUUCGCCGAGUUUUUUAGCACAAAAUAGGAAAUAAAUAUGUCGGCUCUGUUCAAUUUUCACUCGUUUCUGACGGUGGUGUUGCUAGUUAUCUGUACUUGCACUUACAUCAAGAUGCAUUUUCCUGCCAUCCUUGAACAAAGAACCGGAUUUCGAGGAUUCUUCUGGAAGGCUGCUAGGAUCGGUGAAAGGCUGAGUCCAUGGGUGGCUGUAGGAUGCUUCACAAUGGGUGUGUCAAUAAUCUUUUUCUAAUAGAAAACAAGUGUGCAUAUUGUUCUCCUUGCAAGCUGCUGCAUGAAUCAGAAGUUGGGUUUCUCCAGAUGGAAGUUGUUGUACCGCCUUUUUGCGGCUGAUCAAGGAACCCGUUUGUAAUCAGGUCUCUAGAGUAAUAGUAGACACUGAUAUUAGAUCGUGGAGACCCAAAUGUUAUAGCUCAUGACAGACCAUAUUUACUGCGAAGUUUUAUUAUUAUACACUCGAGAUUAGUACUGUAAGCUUUUCAUUCAUUCAUUACUUUAUUACCAUUUUACUGUCUGUUAGUAGUAUAUUUUUCUAUCAUAAGUGGUUACAUCCUUUUUAACUAAGGCUGUAGUUUUGAUUGUUCGGUUGGUUUUGGGUUAGGUUUGAGUUGUAUUGGUUCAACUCGAAGGUAAAUAUACCUAGGAGGUGUAAUAACUAAUAACGUUGUUAAAGAGCUAAGGUGGCUCGUGAGCUAUUCAAGAUGUGGUUUGGUUAGAGCUCUGCUCAAGUGGGCUUGACUUGCGUUUGUGAAAAAUGAAAGAUUCGAACUUUAAUCAAAACUUAGAAAAGAAAGAGCAAGUCGAAGAUACCUCAACAAAAAAUUCAACAAUGUUAAAAAAAAAAGUUUGAAUUUCGAAAUUUAGGGUACAAAUAUUAUGAUU